UGUUGUGUAGCACUCAUAUGUGGCUUGUACUCCAGUUUAUUUCUAUAAAAUGAAUUCAUCUAACACUUGUGAUCCUCUUCUGUUUCACCUGUGCUCCUGCUACAACCAUGACGCCGUUUAAACUGGUUACAACCUCUGAAGUCUUCUGGUCGCCAAAACAGACGUGAACAUUUACGCGGCGGCAGCCAUCUUGUAUAGCUCAUAAGACAUGGCCACAGCGUCCUCCACAGACGAGUCAAUCUCCUGCAACAUCUGUUUGGAGGUCGUCACUGAUCCGCGCGGACUUCCGUGUGGACACACGUAUUGUUUGACGUGUCUCCAAAAUCACAUCGACGCCAACAACACAGAUGAUACUUUCGUGUGUCCAAACUGCAGAGACGUGGUCGGUAUACCUGACAGCACACAGCCUACAUCGUCUUGGGCUUCACAGUUCAAACGAAAUCUGGCACUUGUGGACGCCAUUGGUCUCAUCAAACAAAUUAAAAUAUGUGGCGACCCAAGAGCAACAACUCAACAAGACCCAAAUAGACUGGUAAUUGAAUCUUCCUGUGAAACGAUAAAGAAGUUCAGUCAUUUUAUAGAACACCAGAUGACGUCAGACAUUGAGAGACUACAGCGAAGCGUCGACGUCAGCGCGACACAGACUGCGGCUCAGAUGCAGAGACAAGGAGAUGAACUGAUUGCGGAGUUCACAACAGCAGUCCGCACUGAAAUGGAAAAAAGGAACUCAGAACUGGAAACAUAUCGUCAAUCUGUUAAUAACGGAAUUGUUGAAUUGUUCACUGAUGUUAACAGACUGAUAGACGAAAUUAAAGAAUGUCUGAAAUUGGGCGAAAAUCUCCUCAGAUCUGCGUCACUUUCUGAUAUGAAAAGACAUCUUUCCAAAUUUUCAAAAAUACAAAAGAUAACAACUGACUAUUUAGCCACACCACGUCCUGAAUUUCCUGAUUUGGCAAUAACUUUAGUUGAACCUGAAACAACAGGAAGCAAAACGUUUUCUGCGGAGAUUGGGAGAAUUUCGAGACCUGACGUACAAUCUAUCAAGAUAACACACACAAUAUAUUUACCGAUUUCGAUAUUUCAACCAGACGUCGAGAUAAAGCGGAAGUCGGAUAGGUUAAAGCAUGAACAGACGAUAAACACAAAACUGCAAUCCGAUACAAAACGGCCAGACUUAUCAUCUAUCCUAGUGUUAGAAGGGCACGACUCAAACAAGAUCAUUGUUGCUGACUGGCCAAACAAAUGUGUAAAAUCAUUUUCCUCUCAACACAAAACGGUUCAGAGUCUCUACAGAACCACUAGCAGACCAGGCGACCUUGCUAAGACACGUGACCACCAGGUGCUCGUCACCCUGCCAGAAGAACGCAAACUAUUAUAUCUGAAUGUACAAGAUGACAUACACCUGAUGAAGACGAUGACAAACAAGACAAAAUACUACGGCAUAGCCGUAUUGCCUGAUGACAACAUGGCUGUGACUGGAGGGUCGUCUGGGUGUGUGGACAUACUAAACCAAAGAUGUGACGUCAUACGGUCUAUUCCUAACAACGUGAUCGCCAACCCCUUGUCUCUAACAGUGAAGGGCGACACUCUAGUUGUUGUAUCAAAUACAAGUAACAUUGUCACAUGCGUGUCGUCAUCACGACAAGUCAUGUGGGUAUCACGUGAUUCAGCAAGGUUUCAUCGGCUGCUUGGUGUUGCAUGUGACACUGAGGAGCUUGUUUAUGUCUGUGAUUACGGUAGAGAUGCCAUUGUUCAGCUGUCACGUGACGGGGAGGUUAUUCGUAACGUCAUCACACAGAAGGACGGCCUAAAACAACCUCUGUAUCUCUGUUUUGCUCAAGACAAACUUUAUGUCACCCAGGAAAAUGGAGAAAUAAAAAUAUUUGGCUGGAGCCAAACUUAACAUUGACCCUACCGGGUGUAUGCCACGAAAUUAAAUUACAUUGAUGACAACAGUAAGUUACAGUAACAUGUGUGACUAUAACUUCAGCACACAGUGUUUCAAUCAACACAUACAUCAUGAAUAUAAACACUAUAACCUCCCAACUUUAAAAUACUGCUUUUGAAUGGGUGUUAAGUUACUCGUUUUAGACAUAAUUGGAAGCGUCUUUGACUAUCCGAGUUCCACACAGUAAUGGUUAUCCUGAUUUUAGGAGGACUCCGCGCAUGUGUCAAGGAAGUACUUGUUGAUAAAUUGACACUAGUUUAAAUUACUGUUCACACGAAACAACAUUUUAUAUAAAAAGUUAAUGCCACAUUUGUCAGAACGACAUUAACAGUUGCGGGGCGAGACUUAGCCCAGUGGUAAAGUGCUAGCAUGAUGCGCGGCCGAUCUAGGAUCGAUCCCCGUCGGUGACCCAGUUGGGUUAUUUCUCGUUUCAUCUGGUGUACCACGAAUGCUAUGCCAAAACCGUGGUAUAUGCUGUCCUGUCUGUGGGAUGGGGCAUAUAAGAAUACCUUGCGAUCAGCAGCUGGUUGUGGUGACUCUACCACAAGAUCAAGUAAUAUUAUAUCUACACAUAAAGGAUGGGAUAAAACUGAUCAAGUCGGUGACAACUGAGAAAGAAUAUUACUACAUAUCUGUGCUACCUGGGGAUAAUAUGGCGGUCAGUGUUUGGUGGUACGGAUGUGUGGAUAUACUGGACCAAAAAAGAAAUGUGCUUCGGUCGCUCCACAAAAGUGUGAUCCCCAUCCCAGAUUGGCUAACGACGAAGGGCGACUCUCUGGUUGUUGUAUCGCAGAAAGACCAGAGCUUGACAUGUGUGACGUCAUCAGAAAAAGUCACCUGGGUGGCACGUGAUUCAACAUGGCUGCAGUACCUGCGCGGUGUUACAUCUGACAUUGAGGAGUUUGUUUAUGUAUGUGAUUACAAAAGAAAUGCCAUUGUUCAGUUGUCACGUGAUGGUGAGAUUCUCCGUGACGUCAUUACACACAACGAUGGACUAAAACAACCAUGGGCAGUCUGUUGUGACCGGGAUAAACUGUAUGCUGCACAAAUCAACGAGGAGAUUAAAACAUUUAUAUGGAGUCCUGAUUAACAACAAAGAUAUGUAGACAAAGACAUAUUUGUAUGUUUGUGUAAUUUCUGCCGGAAACCCAGAUGCCAAAAAACAUGUUUUUUUUGGUUUGUUUAUUAUAUAACUGGACUUUCCUUUUCAAAUAAUUGCAAAAUAGAAUAUAACUUAAGUUAUUAACUAGCUCAUAAAGAGGAUUUUUUCAUUUAUAGAAUUAGGUUGUCAAAGCAAAUUCCAUGAAGACACAUCAGACUCAUAUUAUGCACCUAAAAUCCAAAAUAUUCCAUGUUUGCGGAACCGAGGGUUUUGAAUUUGAACAAUGAGCCCAUUCUUCCAGAGUUUUCAAUAGGAAGUGACCUUCUCCUAGAUUGGUUGCUUAUCAAAGCUAUUGAGCCCAGUCUACCCUAAUUGACAGAAGACAUGUCGUGAGUUAUAUCCUCUUUGUCUGCCCAUGCUAGUUACCUAUCGCUGGGACUGGAUUGGUGGGCGUCAAAAGAAUCCUGCUGUUCUGGGGCUACAACUGACAUAAUUCUCCCCACCCCCAUAUAU